AUGGAUCCCAAUGGCAACAACUGGAAUCAAGAGCUCUUCUGCAGAGGCCUCAAGUCAGACAGUCAAAUGUGUGACUGUGAGGAGUUUUUCCCUCGCACACAGGAUGAAGGCCAUUGUGCGGAGUGUGGUCAUGGUCACAGCAAACACCCCCGCAAAGCUUCAACAAGUCAUGAACCAGUACCAGAAGUUCAAGAGGAUGCUGAUGAACAACCUCAUUCAAGUUCUGCAGUCGCUAUCAAGGAUAUCUUCACUAGAAUUACUGGUGGAAAAACUGUCAAUGAUAACCUGAAUUCUUGCCACUACAGGGAAGCAAGGAAGCCUACUUGCUGGUUAUCACAAGCUGGCCAAGGGCCCAACAACAUCGGCAGGCUCGUGAAAGUCAAGAGCCCUCUGAAGGUUAACUCGCUUACUCAGUUUUUGACAGAGGAACGGUCUUAUCAGAGUGUCCAAAGUCCCAAGCAAGAAUGGCCAAAACGAGAUCCAGGCUAUGAAAAAUGUGGCUGUUACCUUGAACAACAGUUCAUCAUCGAAAGCGGAUGGACUUAUUUCAAGGUCACCAGUCAGUUACGAACUUGGUUUCCUAAAGUAUUUGAUUACCUCAAUGUUCAAGUCGAGAAGCGACAAUCAGCCAUGUUAUGUGAAGAGAAGCCAAUUUGGCGGCUCCUCAACAAGUGCGGACAAAUGCUAACAGUUGUUGAUAUCAGGUUUCCAGCUGGGAGUGAUCUUGCGAAGCAUAAGGGCCAGGACAAAGCAAGUGUUAGUGAUUGUCAUCUUUGGUUUGUCACAAGGAACCAGAUUCCUGACAGCAUUUACGAGUUUUGGAACACUCAGCCUGUGAUAGCUGGAUCAGAUUCUGAAUGCGACAAUGGUAACGACAUGCUUUUGUCCGACACAGAUGAUUCAGUUAGCAUCAAGUCGGACAAUGAUCUUGCAAGUUCGUUGAUGGAACUUGAUAUGUCCUCAGAUUUGGAUGUUAAGGACCCAAAAGGCAAAGGCAAGGCAAAAGUGGCACCUGCUAGGUCACCAAUGAGAAGACGGAACAUGAAGCACAGUCAUACUCUGCUUUCCCCGUCACCAUCAGAAGCUACUAGGAAAGCAGUCCAGAAGAAACUCAAAAAGGAGCCUGCAAAUGACACCACUGUUCCCUUAUUUUCGAUGAACUCUGAAUCUGCAAGCUCUGAACUCAAACCACCUCCAUCAACCCAGCCCAGGGCUCAAUCCAAUAGUUAUAAAACAGUAUUGUUUCAUACUACUAGUACGACUAGUCAAGUGCCAGGUACCCUCAAAGUAGAGAACAAGAUAUCCACUCCACCAGCCUUUGUGUCGGUCAGUGAAGCGGAUGUCCUGUGGCGUGACAAGAUACAGGACGAUGACCCUUUCACAGAAUAUAUCAAUCCUUGGGACUUCCAUUACUGUAUGCUGAAUCUUGCCAACCUCGAGUAA